AUGUUUUGGGCAAAAGAAGAUGUCGAAGAGAAUUCGCUUAUAAAACUAUUAAAUUCUCCCAACUUCACGCUGAAAGAUGUGCUGUUGAAUGAGUUCAUUGUUCAAGAAUCGCGAUAUGGCAAGUCUACAUUAGUUAAUUAGUAAGUGUAGUUUAAUUCAUAUCUUGUUUCAUAUUUUCAAACAAAUCAUUUUUUCAGUAUCACAAAACGGGAAAAUAUGAUAGAAUUGUUGAAAUUAGUGAUAUAUCCGGAAUUCGAUGAGACAACACCAAUCAAACAACAAUAUCGUUUAUCUUUCAUAGCUUCUGAAUUGCUAACCAUUCGAGGAAAUGAUCUUUAUCAACAAGCUCUUGUUACAGUAAGUAAAUACAUAACUUUACUCAUAUCAAUAUAUUGCUUUUUUUAGGAUGAAGAAUCUGUCAAUCUUCUGAUUAAAUUCAUCAAUGAUAAAACACCAAUGAAUCAUCUGAUUGCCAGUUUUUUCGCCAAACUUCUCGAAUGCUUGCUAACUAAACAAUUUAGUUUGACUUUCAAUAUUUUGAAAAGUUCAGAUUUUCUCGAAAAAUGUCUUCAAAAUAUCAGUCUUGGUGCGAUGGAGUGUCUUUUAGAAAAUCUUCCAAGAAUUCCUCGAGUCGAAGAUCAUCGGACUGUUCAAGAGGUUUUGUUUUGUUUUUUUUUUGGAAAUUAAUCCUCUAGUUUUAUGAAAUUAUUAUAUUUUCAGUGGAUCAUUGAACAAAACUUAUUGAAUAGGAUAGUCGAUUUGAUCGAUGUAACAAGCACCGAUGAUGAUAACGAAUGCUUAUCAGACGUUUUCUGUGAAAUAUUGAAGUAAGCUUGAUAAGACUUAUGUACUUAUGAAAUAUACAAACUGUUUCCAGAGAAACUCGUGAUCGGAUGUAUGUUGAUCAUGGUGCAAGUGAUUGUCUCUAUGAUCAUUUUAUGAACGAGGAAAUAAUUCAAAAAUUAGUUGCAAAAAUAGUUGUGGCAGAAGACGCAACAAAUGAGCAAAUUGUUAAACAAUCUGGAACAAUUAAAGCGGCUCUUAAAAUUCUGGAUACUUAUCUAACUUCAAACGUUGUUCAAAAUUCGCCAUAUCAACGGAUAAAUGACGAUUUUGGAUAUGAAGAUAUUUUCGAAAUAAAAUAUAUGCAAUAUUGCGAAUUGAAGAAACGAGAUAGAGAUCCAGAAGAUAAUCCAGAUCCUGAUCAAUAUAUGUUUGAUUAUCAAAGAAUUGUUGAAGGUUAUAUUGUUAAUAGAUCUUUUAAUAUGUUCCAAACAGUUAUGAAAGAUCUUGAUGGACCCGGAAUGGUUUGGCAACCAUUGCUCAGAUUAAUUGUUCGAUUGUGCAACACAAAUUAUUUGCCAACUCAUGAGACUCUGCUACGCGUAUUUCAACAACUCACGUUUGUCAAGGUAUCAUUUUUUAUCUAGAAAUGAGGGGUUUUUAUAAAUAAAAAAAAAGCAAUUUGAUAUCCCCGUUGCCACGUCAUAGGUCACGUGUUUAUCCAAAAAAAUUCCUCAAGAUUUUCCUGAAUUAAUUUUUCAUUUUCAGUUAUUCGAAAAAGCGAAAAGUCUUCCAAAAUGUUCGGUUCUUCAUUCAAUUCUCCAAGUAAUCGUCAGUUAUGUUUUGUAUACUAAAUUCAAUGAUCAUAAUGGAUUAUCACCUGUUGCCGAAUAUUUAUUGAGGGUGAGCUGAACUUUAAUAGAAUUUCUUUUCAUAUUGUUUUUUUUCAGGACAGUGGAUUGAUCAAAUCGAUAUAUGAUACGGCUUUCAAUUUUAUGCCAUUCGAUGAUUUGGUUUCAGCUGCUGGACUUCGAACUUUCAAUAUGGGAAUGGCUGAUGUUAUUUAUUUGUCUCAACAUCGUUUUGAAAAUGGUAGAAUGAUAGCUGCUAUUUUGGAGGUACCUACCCACUUUAAAUUGAAUUAAAGGGGUUGUCCUUCUACAUGAAAAAUCAAGUCCGCAAUUGUGCGUCAUAUUUUUGGACUAACUAUUAGCAAGCCUAAAGUUGAUUAAAAUCGUCUUCCAUUGUUUAAAAAUGUUAGGAAAUGCAUUUUGCGAGAAAUACACACAAAUAAAUGAUGUGUGUGAAGAGCACACAUGUUUUUUAUAUGCACUAAAACCUUAAAACCUGAGAAAAACAUGGAUAAAAUGAUGAAAAAUCACUCUAGAAUCAAAAUUAAAUAUGGAAUGUUUCAGGAGCACCUUAGCUCUAUCGAAUGAACCUAAGUUUCCCUGUAGCAGGACAACCCCUUUAAGAAAAUUGUUUUUUUUUCAGAAAGAUGAAAGAUGGGAAGAAUUAGAAGAAACAAUAAAUGAUUACGAAGUUCAACAUCUUCGCCCAGAAUUUUUGCCAGAUGAUUCGUCGUCUUCGAAUUUACCAUUUGAAGCAAGUGGAUUUAUGAAUAAUAGCAAAGAAUGGGCUGAUGGAGAGGCAAAACUUGAGAUGCUCGAACAGGCUGCUGGAAAAACAGUUACAGAAAUAUCUGCUGAAAGUUCGCAACAAUUUGAUGCCGAUUUCGGAGCCAAUUUCCAUGAUCUCGAAACUGAAACACCGGAUGAAGAUGAAUUCCGGAAAUUAUGCUCAGAGCGCGCAUCAUCUUGUGUUUCAUCGAAUUUGUCGAUAAAUUCACAAGCAGUAAAUGAUUGGCCUGGUGUUACUGAAGAUAUUGGAAAUUCACAAUUACCGCAACAACAAAAUGAAUCACAACAAGGCGAUGAUUGGAUUUGGCCGAAAUGUCCACCGAGUGGUGAAACUGAAGUUGUGCAAAAUAGUGGACCAAGACCCGAACAAAAUUGGGUUGAAGAAGAGAACAAAGCUUUUGCAACAAUCACAGCUGCAUCAACUUCUGCAAACGAUGAGUGGGCUGAUUUUUCAUCAUUUUCAAGUUCUUCGGCUGAUAAUUCACAAACCAAUAAUCAAGCUUUUCAAAAUUUACAAUGGCCAGGAACUGAAUCACAAGUUCAAGGGGUUAGUUCAAAGGGAUAUCGGAGAUUCGUCUCAUUUUUUUUGGGUUGCUGGGGAAAUGAUUAAAAAUUAUAAGAAAUUCUGCAUGAUCAUGUGAUACUGUCAUGGGUUAUAAAUAUCUUCGAAUUUCUUUUUUUCCACAACCAUGAAAAUUGUGUUUCUUUUUUUUUGUGUAAUUUUACAACUAUUUUCCAGGAAAACCCCGAUUGGCCACUGAAUUCUUCUCAUGAUUCUCAACCAACUGAUCCGGUCACCGUUGGAUUGGCAUCCGGUAUUUCACACGAUGAUUCGGCCGACGAUUCUUCAAAAAACAAUAGUAGUAGCGACGCGUAA